AUGGGCGAGGCGCGGCAUAGCAAUGCUGCUGUAUUGAAGAACAACUGGCUGGUCACGCUGGGAUGCUGUGCAUCAUGGGGUCACGACGAGGAUUAUGCUGAAGCUGAGCUUCGCUGUAAUGUUCAAGAAGAGGAUGUCGUUCCUGUGGUCGACCAACCACGUCCUUAUCACCACACCGUGAGCACGAUCGUCUCGCGAUGGCCGACAACGAGCGGUCAUCGAUCGAUCAGUCGAGCCAGUCGACUCAGUGGUAGCAUGUCUAUAGACUGCCGACCUGCGAACAAGGAAUCACCCCCGCGUCGCUCGACUACGCGGCCUCCGAGCUUGAGGCCUCUUGAGCUCUCGAUAUAUGAGCCCAAAAACCGCCUCUCUCCACUUCCAGACUUUACAGAAUCAGACUGGACAAAGGUGCUCCCGUCGCUGGAGUUUCCUGAACAGGCCGUGGUUCAUUCGCGACCGUCUUCCGUCUCCUCGACGACGACGACAUCACGCUUUGGCGGACGAUGGGACUCAGUCAGAUCAGAGAACACCACCACCACUUCAGUAACCAGAAGGUCCAGCUCUCGCCUUAGCCUAAACCCUUUAAUCGACCUCUCGCUCCUUCACGGCCCGGAUUUCGAAGACCGUCCAACCGCUCUGCAAACACUCCCUUCCAUCCCCGAUUCCCCUAUACCCACCACCGACAAACACUCAUCUACCACCACCACCUCAUCCUCCACCAUCCCACUCCCCUCCUCUCCACCCCAAUCUCACCACAACACCCACUCAUCCACCCCAGCCCGCUCCAACCCCCAACGCACAACCCGCCCCUCCUUCCUCUCCACCCGCAACGAAAUCGACGCCGCAAUCCGCGAACUCAAAUCCAUCAUCCAAGAACGCCGCGCCCACGCCUCCACUUCCACUUCCAUCUCCACCCUAUCCUCCUCUUCCCCGUCCUUCUCCACAACCACAACCACAUCCCGCCCCCCUCCCUCCCCAAGCCACCACAUCCCCGCCCUCGCCCCCUCGCACCGCAUCCGCGCCCGCUCCGAAACCCUCUCCGAAAUCGGCUCCGCGUUCUCCGUCCCCUGGGUCUGUGCUAAGCCCCUCCCGCUUGCGCCGGGGCAGGUGCAGGUGCAGGUGCGGACGCCGUUUUACAUGGCUCCUGAUUCGCCUGGGUUUUAUUCUUCGUCGUCGUCGUCAGGGGCGGAGAAAGCAGGUGCGGCAGGGACGGAAAGGGCGGAUAGGCACGUUGUGAGUGUGCUCAAGGAGUCGCUCGCGAGUGUCAGGCCGCGCGUGUGGGGCUGGAUGGGGCGCGCUGGGGCGCAGGGCAGACAUGCGCAGCGUCCGUCUACGGCGUCUACGGCGUUGACGUCUGCGUCUACGUCUACGUCUACGUCUACAAUCACAUCGGCAUCAACGCUCUCGCUCGCCACUACAGUGCCUAGUCUGGUGACGAGUCGGACGAGUUGCUCGACGGCGCGGUGUCCGGCGACGCCUGGUGGUUUGAGUCCGCGCAGUGCGAGGAAGGGGUUGGGGUGGGGGGAGGGGGAGGUUUGGGGGAGGAAGGAGGAGGUGGAGGUUGAGGUUGGAGGGAGGGAUGGGCGGGUUGAUCCGCUGAGGAUGAAUCCGCGGACGCCGGUUGGGGUUGCGUUUUGA